GUAAACCUUGCAAACAUGGCGACGCUCCGAAGACAGUACGGAGAUUGGAAAUACGACCGAUUUUAACCAAGAAAAUCACCUCCUCUUCGCAUGUUACAAUGUGGUGGGGUUAGCCAGAGCCGCCGCAACUCACAGCCUUUUAGACGAUGUUUGCAGAGGCCAGUCUGUCCAUCUGGGGAUGGGGGGGUCUUGGAGUUGUGCUGUUCCUCGUCACUUUUGGACCCUUUGCCAUAUUCUACCUGGCCUUUUAUAUCUUCUGCUUCAUUGGAGGGGGCUUUGCGGUCACUUUGCUUUAUGGAAAGAUUAACUCGGAGAAACACCUGGAAAAGUGCGAGCACUCGUACUUACCACCCACACAAAUUGGUAUACUGAAGACGUUGGAUGAGAUGAAGCUGGAGAUGAAGCCUAUAAAAAUUGACAGAAGACUCACAGGCUCUAGUUUCAUAGAUGAACCACUACAGCAGGUGAUCCAGUUUGCACUGAGAGACUACAUCCAAUACUGGUACUACACCCUGAGCGAAGAUGAGUCCUUCUUACUAGAGAUCAGACAGACGCUGCAAAAUGCCCUUGUCCAGUUCUCCACACGGUCCAAAGAGGUGGACUGGCAGCCUUACUUCACCACUCGCCUGGUGGACGACUUUGCCACACAUUUACGCGUUUUCAGAAAAGCCCAGGAUCGCCUCGGUGACAGAGAGGACAAACUAAGGGACAUAACAGACGAUCUGAUGGAGUCUUUCUUUGAGGCUGAGGUGGAGAUGGAAAGGAAGAUUUGUCGAGAUGUUGUGUGCACCUCACAAAAAGAUGAAGAAGGGUUUCUUCGGGACUUGUGUGAAUUGCUUCUGUACCUGUUACUACCUCCUGGAGAUUUCCACAAUAAGAAUAUGAGAUACUUCCUAAGGGAGGUGCUGGCGCGUGGUGUGCUGCUUCCUUUGAUCAACCAGCUGAGUGACCCAGACUACAUCAACCAGUUUGUCAUAUGGAUGAUCCGGGAUAACAGCUGUAACUAUGAAGCCUUCAUGAACAUCCUGAAGUUAACAGAUAAGCCUGCUGAGCUGGAGGCCGUUAAAGACAAGGUGCUGGAGGAGCUGCAGUUUCUCCGCUCCCUGGACACUGCUGGAGAUGACAUUAAUGUGAUCAAGAACCAGAUCAACAGUCUUCUGUUUGUGAAGAAGGUGUGUGAGACCAGGAUCCAGAGACUGCAGUCUGGCAAGGAGGUGGAUGCCUUUAAGCUGGCAGCCAACUUUGGAAAGCUGUGUGUCAUCCCACUGGAUCACAUCCUCGUCCACAACAUAGCCCUGCAGUUCUUCAUGGACUUCAUGCAGGCAGCGGGGGCCCAGGCCGAGCUGUUCUUCUGGCUCACAGUGGAGGGAUACAGGGUGACGGCACAGCAGCAGCUGGAGGCCAUGCAGAGCUGGCAGAAGGACGGCAAGAAGCAGCCUAGUGCCACUAAAGGGCUGCUGAAGGCAGCUGCACUGGGUGUCUAUGAACAAUACCUCUCUGACAAGGCGUCCCCCAGGGUGCAGGUGGACGAGGCAUCACUAACAAGGCUUGGGGAGAAGCUACGGAAAGACGACCCCACGCCAGAGAUAUUUGAUGAAAUCCAGAGAAAGGUGUAUGACAUGAUGCUACGCGAUGAGCGGUAUUACCCGUCCUUCAAGCAGAGCCCUCUCUAUGUCCGCAUGCUUGCAGAGCUGGACAUGUUGAAAGAGCCAAGCUACCGAGGGUCUGAUGAUGGUGAUGGAGAGUCCUUUAAUGGUUCUCCAACAGGAAGCAUAAACCUAUCUUUGGAUGACUUGCCCAAUUCCUGCCAUGAUGAAUCUAUGCACCUUCAUGCCUUCAUCUCUGACACAGGGGUGUGCAAUGACCACGGUAAGACCUACGCACUGUACGCCAUCACUGUGUUUAGACGCAACCAAGAUGGCAGUGAGGAAACCUGGAAGACCUACCGCCGCUACUCAGACUUCCAUGACUUCCAUAUGAGAAUCACUGAACAGUUUGAGAACCUGGCAUCAAUCCUCAAGCUGCCAGGAAAGAAGACCUUCAAUAACAUGGACAGAGACUUCUUGGAGAAGAGAAAAAAAGACCUCAAUGCUUACCUACAGUUGCUGCUGAACCCAGAGAUGGUGAAGGCCUGCCCAACUCUGAUCCCUUACGUGUAUGACUUCCUAGAAAACAAGGCCUAUAGCAAGGGCAAAGGAGAGUUUGCACGGAAGAUAGACACAUUUGUGAACCCUCUGCGGAGCUCCAUGAGAAACGUGUCCAAUGCAGUAAAAGCAUUCCCAGACAGUUUAGCAGAGGGAGUGAACAAAGUCUCCGACAACAUGGGCCGCAUGUCAGAAAAACUGGGUCAGGACAUCAAACAAUCCAUACUGAAGGUGCCUCCACUCCUCCCCAAGUCUGAAAUCGACCCUGAGCACUGUCGAGUCUCCGCUCAGCUUGACGACAAUGUGGAUGAUAAUAUCCCACUCCGGGUAAUGCUGCUGCUGAUGGACGAGGUGUUUGAUCUCAAAGAGAAGAACCAGUGGCUGCGCAGGAAUAUUAAGAACCUUCUGCAGCAGCUCAUCAGGGCCACAUAUGGAGACACAAUCAACAGGAAAAUCGUGGAUCAUGUGGACUCCCUGACGUCACCAGAGCAGGUGGCAGAUUACGUCAAGAGGUUCAGGGAUUCCUACUGGCCCAAUGGUAUCCUAGCUGAGACUCCGCCCCGCCGGGACAAGAGCAUCCGCAUGAGGACACGAGUAGCUGCCAAAACCAGCCUUCUGGGAAUCAUGCCAGAUGAGCUGAAGCACAUCAUCGGAGCCGAUACCACAAGGAAGGGCAUCCUCCGCGUCUUUGACAUGUUUCAGUACCAACCCAUGAACCGUCGCCUAGUCUACGUUUUCCUGGAGGGCUUCCUGGAGACGAUGUUCCCUCAGUACAAAUUCCCUGAGCUCUUUGUCAAGCUGCACUCCCGUUCACCACGCAUCCACAGAUACAACCAGAAACUGAAAUCCACCUCCCUCAAGAGGUGACAGGAGAGGACAGAGGCAGCAGGACAAGGGCCGAUAAGAUACACAGAGACUUGAGAGCUGAGGGUGUGAGUGGCAGCGGUGGGGUUUGAUAUGACUGUUGUUGAGGGGUGUGUGUGUGUGUGUGUGUGAGAGAGAGAGAGAGAGACAGAGAGAAUUCUGCCCUUCCUCUUCCCUCACACAUUGCUGAAGGUGAAAUCGCUCCAUUUUAUCCGGCUGAUAAUUUCUGUCAAGACAGAAACGAAGGACAUGUACACACUCCCCCACACUCGUACACACGCGCAAACACAAAUCUCAUAAUUUGCACCAAGACUAAACUUGGCUGUGUUUUCUUUUUAGUUCCCCUGCUCCAUUUGAGACUUUUUUUUUAGUUGUGUUGAGCGUCAUUCUGGGCCAGCUGAUGCUGCUUUUUCAUGGUCCAGAGAGCCCGACCACAGAUAUCGUGUUGUUUUUAAACUGCAGGACUCAAUAGCAUUAGACCCACACCUUGCCUUACCUUCCUGCUUCUAUCUGUUGGCCAGUGCGGUCCUCCUCCACGUCAGCAAAGUGGCCGCACAGCUGUAAUCAAACCCACCCUCAUGCUGUAGACAUCUAAGCUGCAAAAAUCACUUGCAAACUGUGUUUUCGCAACCAAAAAACGUCGAUAGCACUGGGUUUAAGAGCCGCUGUUUUUAAAAUGUGACAAAUAUGGAUUGAAAGGAGGUUUUUUUUUCUUUCCUUUUUUUUCCUUUCUCGGCCUCAGUGUUUGUCUUGAAUUUCUUCCACCCUUUUUCUCUCUCUCUCUCCCAGGUCUUAGAUCACCUGUACUUCCCUCGGUCAUCCAAUCAAAGAACCCUUUUUAAUGCUACUCUCAUAUCCUGCAGCAACCAAAGCUCAUGCUGUUCGUAUGUGUGUGUACUGUUCUGACAUUGGGGAAACAUUACUGUGUUUCAUAUCACGUAAAGAAAAAGAAUGCAACGUUGACCUUUAAUGACCUGUAAGGUGAGGCUGUGACGACACACUGAGGUGUGUUGUUGUCAGGCACGGCGCGCUGACUAUUCAAGAUUGUACUCUCUGGUCUGUUCUGUAUCUGGCUCGAGCAGAAGUGUGUGUGUGUGUGUGUGCGCGUGUGUGUGUGUGUGUGUGUUUUAGCACAAAGAUGCAACCCUCUUCUGUCAGAAACUGUGCCAGUGUGAGCUAGGGGAACCAGCCUUAAGUCUAUAUACAGUGUACACUGACCAAGAGAUGCACGCUAGAGGUAGCUCUCCUUCACACGACUGAACAUAACAAGGAAAUCAGGAUAGAGAUAUGGAGAUGUGUCCCUAACCACCUUUGGUCGGAGGAAAAACGACUUGGAUUUGGUGCAAUAUUUGUUGUUUUCUUUAAGGCAUGUGCAUUUUUGAAUCAUUGUAUUACUGAAAAUUGUUUUAAUAGUAGAAAAACCGAGAGCGCUUUUCCCAGAGAUGUCCUCUUACCCCCGACAACUUAACAUUCCGUUGUUAUAAAAGUACAAUGUUUAAUUUUACAGACUUGUUUUAUAAGUCUGACUUUUCUUUUUGUAGAUUUAUUUUUUUUCUUUUCGGUGUGCAGGGGGUUAUUUUCCCAUUUAUCCCCAGCCAACUCUUGCAGAAAUAAUCAGAGAUGAUUAUUAGACUGUGGUGGGGGGACAGCUACUUCAGAGGUGGCCUUGAACAACUGCUCUUUCUUUCAUGCAUUCAAGCCUGUGAAGUGUGAAAAGAGGUUUGUUAUUAUGAACUGACCGCUGAAAAGACUCCCCCCAACUCACCCCCCUUCAACACCCAAAAAUUGGGUGAGACAGGUUCACAGAAGAGCUGUGUCUUGUGACCACUAGAAUCACUACUAAUAAGCACUUACUGUAGCAAGUGUGGGAGUCCCACUCCCCCAUUGACUAAACGGCGCCCCAUUCUGCUGCAGUCAUUGGACGGAAACUUCCUCGUCUGCUGUGAUUUGCUUGCACCGAGCUGCCCCGAUGGACUCUGAUUGGUUGAGCAGGACAACAUGGAUUGGACUGGACUGGAGCCUCUCUUACUAGGAGGUGAAUAAUGUGUCCCUUAUGAUGGCAAAGGCGGUAUCACCUUUAACUUUCUGCACACCUCUCCAUACAGGAAGGCUCAUGUUUUUUUUUUUAACCCCAGUAUAUAUGAAUAUGAUAAUGAAAAUUGUGCAUAUCUGUGUACAGUAUGUGUUAAUAGUGUGCCUAAAUGUACUGUCAACUCUAUUUUCAUAUUUUUCUUUAACCUAAAAAAAAAGAAAACAUCAGAAUGUCAUGAUCAUUUUAAGCGACUGAAAAAUGACUUUAGGGUGUUUUGGUUUAUUUUGGCAUCAUGCUUAUCAAAAUUUUCCUUGUGAGCAUUGUGCUCAGAACAGUAUAACACUAAUAAAAAGGUAACUCAGACUAACUGAA